UAAGAAUAGAGUGACGAUGGAAGACCAGGCUACGCUGAAAAUCAGCUACACAGAACCGGAAGACGAGGGACUGUACACCGUUGCGGUGGUGCUGGACGUGGCGGGACAGGAGGAGAAGUUCGUCCGGUUGGAGAUCCUCGAACCACCCAGAGUUGUGGUAGGCCCAGAGGAUCCGUACGUUGUCCAGUUCAACACCACCGUAACGCUGACCUGCUCCGUUUCCGGCGCCAAGCCAAACAUUACGUCACUCCACUGGCGGAAAAACGGCAUGUCUGUCAAAACUCUCACGGCCAGCACUGCGCCGGGAUAUCGCAAAUACCAGGGUGGAAAUGGCGCGGACCCGAACCUGCGCCUACGGAAUGCCGGGAAGGAUGACGCGGGCAUGUACACAUGCGUGGCUGAUCACGAAGCUAGGCAGGGCAGGGCCAGUCUCAAACUGGAGGUGCUCUAUCCGCCCACCAUCAUCCACAUCUCGGGCUCCCUCACCAUGGCAACCGGAGACUCCGUCAAGCUGUACUGCCGGGCGGACGGCUACCCCAAACCGGUCAUCAGGUGGUUGAAGGAGGGUCUUCUGUUGCCCACUGACCUUCAGACAUCCACGGGAGAGGUCAGCAUGAUGACCUUGUCCAACCUCAACAUUAACGACAGCGGCCAGUACGCAUGCUCCGCCAGCAAUGACGUCGGCAGCGCGGACGCGAAGACACUGAGGCUGACCGUGCAAGACAUGGUGGCCCGACAAAGCUCAAGUACGAAAGGCAGCUCCACCCGGACCGCCAUCAUCGCCGGGGCCGUCGCGGGGGGUCUGUGGCUGCUGCUCUGUCUGGUGCUGCUCGGCAUCUGGGUCAGGCGGCGUCGUGAGCGGCUGAAGAAGCGCGCCCGGAACCCGCCCUACUACUCCGUCGGGAUGAAGGAGUUCGACUACUACCCCAGGGGGAGGCAGUCCAUAGACAAGGACAGCGGGGCAGUGCGGUAUCUAACGGACUCCCACAGCGACAUGGGUCUCGGAGCGACCGUCCCACUCGCUGUGGAGUACAGCAGCAAACGGGACAACAGGAGAUCCGGGGACGGCGACUCAGUGACGUGGCGAAGGUUCGCGAAGGUCCUGUACACGUACGUGCCGACGGAUGAAGACGAGUUGCGGCUACAGUCCGGAGAUGUGGUGGAGGUGCUGAAGGGGGAGGGGGGCGGCUGGUGGUACGGAAAACUGAACGGCAAGGCCGGACUGUUCCCCUCCAACUACGUGGAAAUCAUCAACCUCAACGAGACCCUGCGGCGGAAGGGUGCCAGCCCGCGGCCCAAGUCGCAGCUCGGGGUGGGGUGCAGGGGUGACGUCAGCGACAACCAGAACAACCUGAGCCGGGAGGUGCGCAGGGGCAGCCGGGAGGGCGAGCUGCUCAGGGACGGGCUCAGGACUUAACCUGCACAAAGCUACGGACGGGUUCAGGACUGAACCCAUACAACGCUACGGACGGAAUAAGGACUGAAUCUUUUGGCGCUACGGACGGCAUAAGGACUUAACUCUUAAUACAACGCUAAAGGACGGGCAUAGGAUUAAAACCUUACAACACUGGCUUAGAACUUGACCCUCGCAGCGCUAAGGACGGGUUUAAGACGGGCUUAGGACUUAACAGUCGCAACGCUAAGGACCGGCCCGGAACUUACUGUACAGACGACAUCUCGCCGGACUUAAGUCUUACAACGCUACGGACGGGCUUAUGACUUAACCUCCGCGACGCUGAGCAUGAAAUCAGGACUUAACCCUCGCAACGCUAAGGACGGACCCGGGACCUACUGUACAGACGGCACCAGGACUUAACCCUCACAACGCUACGGAUGGGCUUGAAACUUAACCCUUACAACGCUACGGACGAGCGUAGGACUUAACCCUCGCGACGCUCCGGACGGUCGUAGGGCUUACCUGCAUAAAGCUACGGACGGACUUGGGACUUAACCCGUACAACGCUAAGAACGGGCGAAGGACUCAACUCUCACAACACUACGGAAGCCCUCAGAGGAGAACUUUACUGAACUUUAAAACUCUACUGACGGACUAAGGGCCGGGAUGCCAUAGUACGGACAGCCAUACUGCAGACGUUGUCAACUAUCGGCACGUAAAGGACUGUCCCAGCGGGACAUUUAACCCUUGGUACCCAAGGGUGGCCUGGUAGCCAUAAUGAAACAGGGUGCAACUUUCUGUACAUACUCGGAUGUAUCGCUCAGAACUGUUCUUUCAGUAACGUUGAUACAUCACCACAUAAAGAACCACUUUGUUAUUAUAUGCUAACUAGACCUUUAGUACGGAAUAUAUAUAGAGAGAGAUUAAGUGAUACAUGUCAUUUGCAAUCUCUGUUACAAGCUUUAGCCAACAAGGCGGCACAAUCUAUGGAUGACAUUCUCUCUCGACUUAAAAUUUUGUACGAUAGAAAACAAUAAUAACCUGCUCUGAAUAAGGCAAGGUGGCAUGAUUAUGAAAAACAGGGCAACAAAUUUUGAGAAUUCAUUUGGAAUCUUAAAAUUAUGAAAAAAUGUGGAAAUGUUGUAACGUUAAGUUUGAACCCGAUGUAUUUUGCGUUCUUGUUACUAAAGCUAAGAAAAUGAACGAGCAAAUUGCCACAUGCAAUACAUAUUACGUAGAUUCAUGUUUUAGACUGUAUCCUGUAUAACUGAUUAUUUUUGCACCAUUAAUCAUUUCAUCUUUAAGAUUCCGCAUAUACACGGUAGAGUGUCGUCCAUAAAACGAACGGUGUGUGGCCUAACACUGCAGGGCUUGAAAUACUUUUUUCUGCAUACCUGCACUGGUGCAGGUAACAUUGAAAAUUACCUGCAACAGACAAAUUUUACCUGCACCACUCUGGAUUUAGGAAUUAUGGAUCAUACUAAAUUGCUGAGGAAUCAUUGCUAUGUUUCUUUUAUACUUAAUAGGUGGUAACUAACAGUCAAUGCACCAGUGCAGGUUAGGUGCAGGUAGACACCAGAAAUACCUGCACAGGUCCAAUUUUACCUGCACUAACCUGCGUUUGCAGGUGGUAUUUCGAGCCCUGCACUGUACAGAAAAUACUUCUCUACUCAGUCCGAAAAAAACUAAAUUUCUGCUAUGUAAUAAUACGCAAAGGACAUCCCAUAUGCAGGCAAUGUCUCGGCACACUCCAUUUGCGAGAUGAAAUAUUCCCGGAAACUGCUGCCAGCAGCGUUUGUCGCCGGCCACGCUGUAAGAUACGCUCAGUAAUGUACAUAUUUAUUGGAAAUCGACCGUUUCCGGGAAGCAAGUAAUAAAUACUGUGCGUUUAUGAUCCAUGUCUGGUUU